AUGCCCCUGGCUGGGGGGGGCCCUGCCCCAGGGGAGCCCUUCGAGGCCACCAGCCGGGGAGAAGCGCCCGGCUCUGAUGAUCCUUUCUUAACGCAAGCUGCUGGUACUCUAGAAAAUCUGAGGCACCUUUCUGAAGACGGCAGAGAGAACAGCACAUUUUCUAACCUCUUGCAGCUUUAUGCUCAGGCAGUUCUGGAUAUCACCUACUUUGAGGAAAACCAGCUUGUAGAUGAAGAUUUUCUGGAAGUCUCGUCUUUACAGAAAGUUGAAGAACUCAUCCAUGUACUUUCCGAGCCGGAAACCUUGAUUGAAGAAAGCGGUGAGAAUGGACCCCUUACUGUGCUUGGUGUAGAACUACUAGAAUGUCUCUACUGGAGAAGAGGAGCUUUGCUCUACAUGUUCUGUCACACGGUUAAAGGAAGGAAAGAAUGGUUAACGGACAAGAUGGAGACUUUUAAAAAGUUUCUUAGUGAAGGAGUUAAUUACUUGGUGAAGAUGCUUGGCUUUAGAUGUUCUGUUAACCCCAAUGAGGAAUUUGCGUAUCAGGAUCCAGACACAGCUAGACUGCUCCAUGAAGGUAUAUUUAGUGAUACCCAUCUACUUGCUAUGAUGUACAGUGGAGAAAUGUGUUAUUGGGGACUGAGCUUCUUCGGAAAAGGAAAAGCUCAACUACAAAGCACAGAUUCUGGAUCCAAUAGCGAACAGCACUGUAGCCCACACACUGACGUUCUGGACUUUCGAGAUAUGGGAGAGAAAAUGUUGCAGAAAUACGUUGCUGUGUGCGAAGGACCUUUAAGAGCCCAUGAAUGGAAUACCAGAAACGCAAGGCUUAUUUUGGACUACUUUAAACAGUCAUCAACCUGAUUUACUUAUUCAAGUGUCUGUAUGCUUCUAAGAAGAAAUAUUAAACUGGCAAGAAA